AUGCAGGCGUUCCCCUUGCGACAGUCUGCGAUCACGAGCAUCACGGCUCCAUCAGUCGAAGAGGUCUUCAGGGAGGAUCUGGCAGUUCGCCUGAUCUGCCCUUCCUGUCAAGAUCCGACGCCCAAUUUGGCCGAGGAGUACUCGUCAGGCGACCUCGUCUGCCGAUCUUGCGGCCUCGUUCUCAGCGAUCGCAUCGUAGACGAACGCAGCGAGUGGCGCACGUUUGCGGGAGACGAAAAGGGAGACGAUCCCUCUCGUGUCGGCGGUCCGUCACCUCUGGCCGGUCUUGGUGGUUCAGCAGACCAGUUCUCUACCAUCAUCUCUGACCGAGAUGGCAAUUCUGGCCUCGCAAAAGAACUCCAAAAAGCCGCUCUCCGUACCCAGCGAGCGUCUGGCGAGAAGAAUCUCGUCGGAUCCUACAAGGAGAUCUCAGCCGUUUGCGAGAAGAUCAACCUGCCCACCAUGGUGAGCGACAUCGCAAAGCAGCUUUACAAACGUCAGGACGACGAGAAGUUGCUCAAGGGCAAAUCGAACGACGCCAUCAUCGCCGCUUGCAUCUUCAUCGCAUGUCGACAGGCAGGCGUCUCUCGUACUUUCAAGGAGAUCGUCGAGCUUUCCCGCGUGCCCAAGAAAGUUCUCGGGCAAUGCUUCAAGAUCCUCAAGUCUGUCUUUGACACCAACGACGUGGGUACGGGCGGAAUCACCGCAGACGGCACUGUCGUCACCGAUACUACCCAUCGCGUCAACCUCGGCGGCAACGGGCCAGAGGACACCAUUGUCAGAUUCUGCAAUCACCUGGGCAUGUCAGCCUACAUCCAGUCACGCGGCCGGGAGGUCGUACGCAAGGUCAUGAAUCUCGGCGUUCUGGACGGCCGAUCGCCUGUCACCGUCGCAGGCUCGUGCAUCUACCUCACCGCCCAUCUAUUCGGCGAGCCCAGAAGCGCUAGAGAUAUCGGUGAAGUCGCUGGCGUGACGGAUGGCACCAUUCGUAUGGCCUACAGGCUCAUCCACCCUCACCUCGACGAAGUCAUCGACCAAGCGUGGAUCGACUCGGGACGCGCGGACAGAUCGCUCUUGCCUUCAGUCUAG